AUGAGCCAACUCUAUGCACUUUUGCUGAUCGCCUGCAUUGCCAGCGUGGCAACUGCCUUCCAGGAGCCCGAUUUGGAUGCUCUUGCCGAGUUCUGCGGAAAAGAAUCAAACAGGAAAUAUUGUGAUCAAAUCGCCCAAUUGGCAACUCAACACGCAAUGGAUGUUAAUCAGGAGCAAGUCCAAAUGAUGGAAAAGCGGAAGCCGUCGUUCGUCCGUUUCGGAAAACGUUCUGGAUACCCGCUGAUAAUCGACGGAGAAGAGAUGCGUAUGGACAAGAGAAAGCCAUCAUUCGUGAGAUUCGGAAGAAAGUAG